AUGAUUGCCAGCAGAGUCCCUGGAUACUAUGAGAGGCACUUUAUAUGUAGGAAUCAGGAGAAGUACUACACUAACUUUAACAUUGUAGCAAAAUACAAUAAGAACUUCACUCAAGAAUUACUUGCAAGGGCCCUUACUUCCUUCAUUAGCAAAACUCCAGUGGCUUCGCUAAACUUUUUCAGAAAUGAGGGAUCAAGUAGAGAAGACGAUGAGCUAUACCAGGGAAAGAAUUUCACGGUUAGACAUGUCGAACCCUUUAAAUUCAAUGAUGUAGUUACAUACGUAAAGGUAGCCCAAUUUGAUGAAAAGGUAUUUGAUCACGUGAACAAGUUGAUGUGUCCUGUAAAUAUAGAGUUACCUACUUGGAGAAUUAUUGUAUUUGAAGUGGAAGAAGGGAAAGAGAAGAGUCAGUAUAUAUGUGUAUAUUUUGAGCAUGCUGUCUUUGAUGGGCAAGCUGGGGUUCAGUUUCAUAAAGAUUUGCUCGAUGAAUUAGACAACUCUGAAAAGAACUCUGCUCACGUAAUAAAUAACGAAAAUGCAAAUCCCGAGCUAUUUGCAAAUGGCCGUGAGAAAGAAGUGCCAAUUGCUGCAGAGGAGCUAUCAGAUUUAUUUGAACCAAGUUUAUAUGACAAGGUUACGACCAUACUAGGGUCAUAUGUUCCACAUUCCGUCAAAGAUUUGUAUUUUAAAUGGACCACCAAGAAGAGUGGACAUAUUAGAAACUUUCAAUAUAAGCAGACCACCACGGAUUUAAGCACCCACUACAACCUAGUUAAUAUUAGUGUGGCAGACUUGAAAGCAAUACUAGCUUUUUGCAAGUCUAAUAAAAUAGCGUUGACUUCAUAUUUAGCGAUUAUCGGGAAUGCUACUUUGGCAAAUACGUUCUACAAAGAGAUUGGGCAAGAUAAUGAAAAUGCAGUAGAAUGGAGCACAAGCCUUCUCACUGCUGCCAAUGGGCGGAAGCAUUUGCCUCAAGUAGAUGGUGCUGAUGAGACUUAUUUCCAGUAUGGGUGCCUUGUUACAGGGCACAUUUCUACACUUCCUCAAAUUUACCCUCAAACAGAGCUAAUACCACUCAUGCAAGACUUCCACGAAUCACUCCACCUGUCUGUAGAUUCAAAGCAAUGCUUCAAAAGAAUAGGACUAUACCCCUAUUUGAACAUCUGGGAAAUGUACAGGAACAAAAUUGGGUCGCAUGAUAGAUUUACCAAGCAAAUUUCAAACUUAGGCUUAGUCACUGAAACUGGCAAACAAUCUAACUGGAAAUUUGAAAAUGCAUGGUUUGGGGGUAACACAGGGUUGGCUUAUAAUUUUGUUUUCAAUGUUACUAGUACUAGAGAGAAUGGGCUCAAUAUCGUCGUUUGCUGUCGGCCCGAGUUUGCAGAAUUAAUGAGCAAAUCUGACUCCAAACAUGUGAUUGAUAAAUUCGUUCAGCUUUACGAAGAGAAGCUAGUGAACUACUGUAAACAGAAAUAG